AUGAAUAAGAAAGAUGAUGGAUCAUGUUUUGAUUAUAAAUCGACACCUCCCACAAAAAAUAAGAAAGUGCGCAAUCCAUUUGAUAAGGCCUUAAUAGAGAGCUUGCAUAAACCUAUUUGUAGCCCCGGAAUGUGCAAAAUCUACAAAAAGAAAAAUAACGCGGGGUUUAGGUGGGACAUAGACCAAGCUUGUGCCUUAGUGCCAGCUGAUAUAGUUGCAUGUAAUAGCCAAUUUGAACCUUCGCCUGAUCCUUUGCUGGAAAAAAUUGCAGAGGAAGCAACAGAAAGAUUUUUUUCGCAAGAAAUGGUGAUGCCUAGUCCUCUUGAGUCAUCUAAAAAAGUAAAACCAGUACUGCAAGAAUUGCUUGAACCUAGUAUUAAAGUAAUCAAUACAAAAGAAGAAAACGAUAAUAAAAAAGAUGUUUCAGCACAAACUGUUCUCACUUUACCUCCAACCCUGCCUCCUGAAAUUGAAAAUGUUUUACAGCAAUUUUGCACCUUCACACAGGAGCAAAAUGUAUCAGGUGAUUAUGAGAUCACUGUAAAUGGCUCACUUCGAAGGAAGCUAUUCUUUGAAGAACACAGUGACAUAGAACAUUCUGACUCUGAACACACUGAUGAUGAAGUGCACAUAGAACCUCGUCCACCAUCCAGUUAUGAAGCACACUCUCCUAUUGUUAUUAGUCCUGAUUUGAGUCAAGAUUUAGUGGCAAAGGGUUUGAAAAGAACUUUUGGAACUCCACUGAAUAAAGAAGCUUCAGGCACUAGCAAGCCCAGUUAUCGUAAUAAGAUGUUGGAUGUUGUUGACUUCGGUGAGCCAUGCUUCAGCCCCAUAGAUUUCCAUACACCGAAGCGCAAUGACCAAGCAUCUGCCACGUCAUCUUCUCUCGCUUCUGCAUCUAUUUCACCUGUGAACAAAGCGUCAAGCGAUGAAGAGAAAAAUAACUUCACAUCACCCGAAUCAGAAGCAAUGGCCACUUGCUUGGACUGCAUUGUAUCAGAAUCAGAGAGUGAAAAAAAGCGACCGUGUUUUUGUAAAACAACUCCUAAUAAAUUAAGCUUAAAACGGAGUGCGUCUCUCAAGGAUUCCCCGUCGAAAACUAGAAGAGGAUCCAAUUUAAUACCAGAAAAACGCAGUCUUAGUAUGUCGAGUCUCAACCGUAGUCGUUCGGUACAGAAACUCGAUUUCAGUAUGGACAUGAGUAUCGACGGAUCGGUUCACAAUUGCUCACAAGAUUCUGAGACCAGUUCUUCACAAGUACCACAAGCAAGUUGGUCUAUAGUAGAAGACGCAAGUAUUCAACAUUUCGUGAAAUUAGAAUCGUACAAGGAGCAGUCCUGUGAUAUACAGUCUUCCACUAAGUUAGAUAGUGUUAAAUUAAAUUUACUCGACACGCCGAUAAAAGGGAAAAGCAAACGUUCUGUGCUUUCCCACGAGAUUAGUAAAAUACGCGCGCCUAUGGUUGAAAGUCCUGUGCAUAUGUCGUUAGACAAUAGCUUGGAUAGCUCAGAGAAUCUACUAAGUCUUGAGGAUAAGAAGAUAGAUUUUAACAACGUUGAUCUCAAAUUUUUGACUGAUAAUCUACCUCAGUUCACUUAUAAUACUCAAAAUACCAUAGUGGUUGGCGAAAGUUCCUCUAGUCUUAAGAGAGUUGAUAGUGGGUUCAAUGAAAAUACGUUCUACGCAAACGCCUCUAGCUAUUAUGAAAGUGCCAUAAAGCCUUCAGAGUUGACCGUGACUAAUAUUUCUAAAAUCAACAGUAGCAAUACGGCUUUAAAGGAGAUAUCCAAUGUCAAUUGGAUGAGAGUUGACAGCGGCUUCAAAGACGAAACUUCUGCGGAUAGCACUCAAUUUUAUCCCCCUAGCGAUCUCUCCGUUCGAAAAUUUACCGGAUUUCGCUUCUCCGAAGCAAAGUUUAACGAUAAAGAGAACGCUGUAGAAGAUUUCGUGCAGAGAACUAACAAAAACGAAGUUUUAUCGAUGUCUGACAUUUUUACAGAGGACAUGAAAUUCAAUUGCAAUUUUUCAUCCACGCCGUCUAAGAAUAAGUCGCGCAAAGUUAACUCUUAG